AUGUACGAAUACGAAAUGCUCAGUUUCUUGGCAGGCCAGUACAAGCCAGUAGAUCUGACCAGGGCUCUCGUUGCGGGAACAAAGGUUUCUAAAGAGGCACAACUAGCUACAAGAGUGCUUAAAUGUCAGGUGAGAGAGUGGGUUCGCAACGAAUCAUCUGAGAAGGAGGUUUUCGAGCUUUUGCAGAUCCACCAGGGAGAGGGCGACCCAUUUCAAAGACCGCUAUUUUUCGUUUGGGUCAAUUUCGUCAAACUAAAAUACGAAAAAUCCCUAGAAGAGGCCGAGAUGAAGAUGUUCAUCUUCUUGGAAGAUUAUUGCAAAGGCGAUGAUCUGGCAAAGGGAGCAAAGAUCGAGAGGAUGAAAGCCGUUGCUGAAACACUGCAAAAAGCUCUGAAUGAAGGAUCGCCAAAAGUGCUGAAACGACAUGAUAAUGACGUAAGUGAGCCCCCAUUGCAGAAACGGCAGAAAAUCGAUUUGGAGCUCCCGACGUUGAAACGGCAGCAUUCUUUCGACUUGAAUGACCCUCUGCCGGAAACGGAAAGCAACUUGGACCUGCCCCCGAGAGAAGACUAA